AUGUGUCAGAUGAAGUUAGUGCAAGAAUCUCAAAAGCCCGAAUCACACUUGCUAAUUUGCGUCCCUUGUAGGGUUAGAAAGUUUUAUCACUCUCUCUCACGGUUCGCGUGUACCAGGCUACAGUUUUCGACCACCGAUGCCUCAGAAGCGUUACUGAUGUCGGAUGGCGUUAACGAAUUCGUGACGAGUUGGUGUGUUCCAGUAAAUAAAUCCGCAGCGAAGGUUUUCUUCCUUUCAUUUGGUGACAUGACCGGGAUAAGGAUGAAGACCUCGUGGCCACAACCCUUUGAGGGUGAUGUUCGGAACUUCAUGGGGGACUUUAAGGGAGUUGCGGAGGCUGCUGGCCUGGAUACACAUCGGGGCGGCCGUGGAUGCAGCCAGACUGGGCCGCCGCGAGGGAAGCACUUGCGGUGGAGUUCGACGCGUCAACCGACCGCCAGGAGGAUUUUGAGUGGUACAAAACGACCAGGAUGGCACCUUAAUGUGACCCGACCGUGCUCUUCGACAGCUGCAGCAGUCGUUGGAUCGGGCUUUGCCGGGACUGGACCGAUUAAUCGAAGGAGUGCAGCCGGCGCUUGGCGCUUAGUUGCGGUUGGCGAGAGUAACUGGCCAGGUGCUGUGUGCCUGCUGCUGGCCUGGUGCAUCUGUCACGGGGAUUGGCCGAGGCACGACGGAAUCGCGGAGGUGCGCUCGCACCAGCCGGUGCUACAAGUGUGCCAGGGCUUGCCAUCGGAAGAAUCAAUGCCCUCGUACCCCAACACCUGUACAUAA